ACCCACUGCACUAGCCACUGCACCAGCCACCACAACUUUCCACCUCGACAUUUUUCCGGCCAAUUUUGUCAAACCCGACCCGUCGAUUGAAGGGCCACGACAACCAGCCAACAGAAAGGUCUUUCCACAAGGACACUUUUGCUGAUCUCCUCAAUGAUCUGGAUUGGUGAUACUGACUGAGUGGAAACACAACCUCCAAAGUCAAGAUGCCUUCAGAAGCAGGUCACAGACUCUACGUCAAGGGUCGUCACCUGAGUUAUCAGCGUAGUCGCCACGCCGUCCGCCCCAAGACCAGCUUGAUCAAGAUCGAGGGUGUCGACGACACCGAUGCGGCAAACUUCUACUUGGGCAAGAAGGUCGCCUAUGUCUACCGGGGCCUGAAGGAGAAGCGAGGAACCAAGAUCAGGGUGAUCUGGGGCAAGGUCACACGGCCACAUGGCAAUUCUGGAGUUGUCCGCGCAAAGUUCACCCACCCCCUUCCUUCGAAAUCUUUCGGCGCGUCUGUUCGUAUCAUGCUUUACCCAUCCUCCAUAUAAAGAAAGGGUCAGGCCGGAGUUGGUUGGUCAAGGGGGUUCAUGAUUGGCUGCAUUGGGGUUAAGGCAAGGAACAAGAUCAUUCGGGCCUUGCUACUACGCAUAGGUAGCAUUCAAUCAAAGGCAAAUAUCCAGUUGGACUGUGCGAUUACAGGAUUGACGUGUUUUGGUCGCGAUACCGAGGCCACCUACCCUCCUCCGGCUGGUUGCUUGUUCGGGGGAGGGAGGAGUGACAUUCCUGAUCUAAGAUUUUCUGGCAACAUGACUACGUACAUAUAGGUGUUGUAUGUACAUAUAAAUGGCAAGCUGCCUAAGGUUCGCUGGAAGAACACUGGCACUGGCCUGGUACUCUCGGUAGCUACUUGAUGGGAAAGCUAAUUCGUAAAUACCGAGGACACAGAUAACAUGGGA